CCGGGGCCCGCGGCGGGGCGUGCCGGUGCGGGAGCGACUGCAGACGGAGGCCGCAGGCGGUGCCAGGUCACCCAAGCAUGGCCACCCAGAUGUUCGAGGGGAGAGGGCAUGCAGCCGUCUACCGGAAAUACAGGUUUGCGCCAGGCAAAGAGCUGCAGCAAACCAUCCUCACCUACCUGCAGGAAAAGAGAGCGGAUCCUGCUGAGCUGGUGGUGGAUGUCGGCUGUGGAUCAGGACAAGGCACUCGCUUCCUCGCAGAGCACUUCAAAAAGGUAGUGGGAACAGACAUCAGCGAAGCUCAGAUCCAGGAGGCCAGGGACACCACUUCCAUGACCAACGUCUCCUACCUCGUGUGCCCUGCAGAGGAGCUGCCAUUUGAGGAUGCCUCAGUGGACCUCCUGACUUCAUUUACAGCUGUGCACUGGUUUGACCUUGAGAAGUUCAUGAGAGAAGCAAACAGAGUGGUGAAGCCGGGUGGUUGUGUAGUCCUCAGCACCUACACCGUGGACAUGAGUCUGCACUACGGAGACUGCUCCGAAAAGCUGACUAAAAUCUUCAGAGAGUCCGGGGACCUGAUUUUAAAAUACUCACAUAGUAGAUUAAAACUCGUCUUGGAGAACUACAAGGAGAUCUUUGAGGCCUUGCCUUUUCCAGACAAGAAGAGAAUCACAGAUAUCUUUGACAAAAUUCCUAUGACUGUUGCUGGUUUGGUUGGUUACAUGGAGUCUGCCUCCCCAUAUCAAUCCUUUAUGAAGAAUGAACCUGAAGCUGCAAAAUCCCUCCUCCAAGACACUGAAAAGAGGAUGCUGGAGAUGAUGGGAGUUUCUUCUCGUGAAACCCCCGUGGAGUUCUGGGUGAGGCAUGUCUGUGUGCUGGGCUGCAAGGGGCAGUGAGAGGAACUUCUCCUGAUCUGGUGCUAGAAGGGAAGGAAAAAGUGGAUUAUCUCCUAACACCCCACUUAUGACCACUCUAACUCCUUGGGAAGACUAAUGUUUAUUUUUUUGGUGAUUACAAUUUUGACCUUCCGUGGAAAGCAGAGAGGAGUUUAUGCCUGCCCACCUGUCCACCUCAGUCUUCCUCUCUGCCCAGUGGUGUGCCCUUGGUACCGGAAGGGCCCAGUUUGAGAUGGGUGAUGGCUGGAUUGUGCUUGAGGAUGAGAAUCACAGGAACAGCUGAGACACUUGCUGCUUUUCUUACAUGAUUAAUAACAAUAAAAAAGCUGAGAAAGUUA